AUGUCUGGCUUCCGGGGUGAUCUUGCGUAUGACGGCGAGGAGUCGAUCAUCCUCUGCUUUGACAUCGGCGCUACUCGCAGCGCUGUUUCAUACGUUCACCUUUCUCCUGGCACUCCGCCCACAACUUUUAUGGUUACUCGUUGGCCUGGUCAAGUAGAUCCCUCUGGUGCAUCCAAGGCAGGUAUUCCAAGCAUACUAGCCUACGAAGGUGGUGAAUGCAUAUCGUGUGGAGAAGAAGCCCUGGAACUUGAGGGUCAAGACAAUAUUGAGAUUGCCAGAUGGUUCAAGUUGCAUCUUCAUCCACCGUCGAUGCGGAAUGGUGCGCUAUUUGAAGGCUACCCUGGUGAAGACGCAUCCAUGUUCGAGAUACCAUCGCUCCCAACCAACGUCUCCGUCGACCAAGUAUACGAAGACUUUAUCAGUUACCUAUUCAAACACACGCAAGUUCACUUUGAGGAGCACAUCGCAGACGGUCCAGCCAUCUGGAAUCGCCUACGCAGGAAAAUUCAUAUCGUGCUCACCAUUCCAAACGGGUGGGAUCUCCUCCAACAACACAUUCUCCGCAAUGUCGUCGUGGCGGCGGGCAUUGUUGCAUUCGAGGAUGCGAAUACGCUUCUUUCGUUUAUCAGCGAGUCGGAAGCGUCGAUUCAUUUCUCGCUUGCGUACGGUGGUUCCACGGCGUGGGUCAAGCCUGGAACAGUGUUUGCUUGCGUGGAUGUCGGUGGCUCCACGUGUGAUAGUACUUUGUACGAGUGCACAGCGGUCGAGCCCAAGCUCGAGCUGGAAGAGGCUUGUUCGAGUGUAUCCAUACAGGCUGGUGGCAUCUAUGUCGACCGAGCCGCACGCAAGAUGCUCGAAAGAAAACUGGCGGGCUCGCAGAGGUAUGGGGACGAGAGCACCAUACAGGAAAUGACCAACGUGUUCGAAAGCAAGACCAAACGCCUUUUCGACGGCUCGGAUGUCGCCAGCACAAUUCACUUUGGCAGGGCGGUAGAUAAUGAUGAUCAGUACAACAUUCACAAGGGAAAGCUGUCCCUCACCAAACAAGAGGUCGCCGAGACGUUUGAGCCUGCGAUACAGCGGAUCAUACUCAACUGUGUAGAGCUCAUACGUGACCGCACCAUCGAUGUUCUAUAUCUUACUGGUGGGGGCUUUGGUGAAUCAAAGUACCUCAGGAGUCGACUGGAGAGCCACUUUGCCAGUCAAGGGAUUCAAAUUGUGACGGCAGAACAGCCAUCACGCAAGGCCGCUGCUGAAGGUGCUGCUAUAUGGUACUUUACGCAACACGUAACAGCCCGAGCAGCAAAAUACACAUAUGGUGCUCUCGCAUGUCGGUUCUACGAUCCUAAUGUGCACUCUGCACGCGAGGCAAAUGCAUUUAUCGAUACCGAUGGAGAGCUUUCCAUUAGAGGGUGUUUUGACGCGUGGGUGCGAAAGGACACUAUCCUAAACAAGGAUUAUGAAUACGUCCAUCCAUACGUUCGGCUGUGGGAGUGGGACGCGGACAUGCAAGAGCAGCUACAAACGUUUAGUUUUCCGAUCCUGGCGUUUUCGGGCAACGAAGUGCCAGCAUGGGGCCUCACAGAAGAUGAGGAGGACCUUGUCUACGGCAUGCAUUUCCUCUGCAUCGUUCAGACAGACUUGCGGAGUUUGUCUUCGUGUAUCCAAUUCGAGGAACGUCCGGAUGGCAAAGUGUAUUACCGCGUCGAGUUUGCGAUUGUGCUCCAGAUGGGUGGCACGCACCUAACAGCCAAGCUGCGCUGGUACGAAGGAGGCCAACGGCAUGAAGGACCUGCGAGUAUUCUGCCUGAUGCGCUCAAGUAG